UAGCUGCUAUGGCUAUGGUAAUCGUCAUCAGCACGCGCACCAAGGUAGAAAUUUGAGCGGUAAGCCCAUGGGUAUGAGCUGUCACUACCAGAGAUUCGUCUCUGACGACUGAGGUAUGACAACCAUCGUGUUGGUGGAGUAACAGACUCAAGGAAGCGCUGCCGCUGCCAUGACAGAGUCCGUGGUUGUUCAAGUUGGACAGUGUGGAAACCAAGUUGGCUGUAGGUUUUGGGAUCUUGCUCUGCAAGAGCACGCAAGUGUCAAUAAGAGUGGAAUCUAUGACGAGGCUCUCAGUAGCUUUUUCAGAAAUGUAGAUUCAAGGAAAAGUGAUGGUGGGGCCUGUUGUGUCGGGGGGGAAAUCCAAAACCUGAAAGCCAGAGCGGUGCUGGUGGAUAUGGAGGAAGGAGUACUCAGUGAGAUCUUGCAAGGCCCACUAAAGGAAGUGUUUGAUAGCAAUCAGCUUCUCAAAGACGCUUCAGGUUCAGGCAACAACUGGGCAGUCGGGCACAUGACGUACGGUUCAAUUCACAGAGAGGCGAUGGUGGACUUGCUGAGGAGAGCAGCAGAACACUGUGACUGCCUACAAUGCUUUUUCCUUCUUCACUCAAUGGGAGGAGGGGCAGUAUCCUAAGUCGAGAGGCCCAGACUUCCCUCUCCCUCUCACUUGGGCCAGCCCUUCUGGGGGAAUCCCAAGGUGUUCUCUGGCCAGGUGAGAGACAGUCCCUCUACCGUGUCCUGGGUCUUCCUUUAGGUCUCCUCCCUGUUGGACGUGCCCGGAAGACCUCACCAGGGAGGUCCAGGAGGCAUCCUGACCAGAUGCCCGAGCCACCUCAACUGUAAUGUUAAACAUUAAUAAUUAUAGUAUUAGGUGUGAAUAUACUGAUUGAUUGUAUUCUUAAAAUCAACAAAGACUAAUCUGGUAUAAUUUAAGAUCUGAAAUAAACCAUUACAGGAAAAGUAUUCAUUUUGACCCAUCAUUCAUUAAUGUAGAGUAUAGGACAGAUAAUUAAAACACGUUGGAUUUAAACAUGUUCAUUCAACAAAAUAUGAACUUAUGAAGUUUUAAAGUCAUGUAGGAGCCAGGGCAGAUGGACUUUAUAUAAAGAGUAUAAAUGAGAAGUUCUGCAUCUCUUGCAGCCUUGAGGACUCAAGAAUAUCGGCUCAAGUUAAUUUCUUCAUAUCGGCACCACGGUGUCAGACUGACCUGUAUGAAGCAGUUUGGACUGUAAGUUAAAAGUUAACUUCUGGUCAUUUUUGAUGAAAAACGUAGGCAUUUGGUAUGCUACAUCUGAAUGAAAAAUGGUUGCUACUCCUCCUCCUCGCCCUGUACUUCGAGCAAUAUGAUGAUUUAAAUAAUUUGAAGGAGUCGACUGGUUUAAGCUAACAUAGUCCUCUUGCUGCAGCCAGGAUUCUGUGAGAGAGAGCAAAGAGAUCUGAUUAUCACAAAUCAAGUCAUUAACUAACAAAGUCUUAGAAAAAGUGGAUCUAAUGUUCAACAACCCACAUUUAAUUUUUCUAGUUUUCUAAUUUGUUCUCAUAUUUAUGAGAUUUCCAUGAUUUGCUUUAUUAAGCCUGAUAUUUAAUCUGUGUGGUUUUGGCCGUGGGCAGGACACUGUCUCUAUGGGGUAGUGGGUGGGUAACAGUACAGAAGCUGCAGAGGGGUGGGUUAAACUACGACUCUGCUUCCUGGUCUGGACCCUGGGUUGUCAUGGAGGACUAAUAAAACUGGCCAUGUUCCUAGAAAGAAGAGCUGCUCCAUCCAAAGAGGGAUGGAUGCCGUCUCUCCGCAUCAGACCAGGUUUUCCCCAAAAAGUUUUCCAAUUAUCAAUGUAGCCCACGUUGUUUUCAGGACACCACCUAGACAGCCAGCGGUUGAAGGACAGCAUGCGGCUAAACAUGUCGUCACUGGUCCGAUCAGGCAGGGGGCCAGAGAAAAUUACGGAGUCCGACAUUGUUUUGGCAAACUUAGCCACCGAAGCAACAUUAAUUUUAGUGUCUUCCGAUUGGCGUAACCGGGUGUCGUUACCGCCAGCGUGAAUAACAAUCUUACUGUAUUUACGCUUAUCCUUAGCCAGCAGUUUCAGAUAAGAUUUAAUGUCGCCCGCUUUGGCCCCAGGUAAACAUUUAACUAUGGUUGCUGGAGUCUCUAAAGCCACGUUUCUGACUAUGGAGCUGCCAAUGAUCAGAGUCGGCUCGUCAGUGGGUGCAGACCUGCCAUCCUGUAUGCGCAGCAAGUAUGCAAUGUGGUAUGUAAUUACGCCGGUACGACUCACCCCUCUAAACUACGCAAAAAGCUGCAGACGCAUGAGUUCUGUAGCAAAUGUGCACGUGUUGUACGCAUGUCUGACAACAUUACUCAGUAGUGUAGUGAAGAUGUUUAAGCCAAUCAUCGUAGAGAAGAGGAGAAAAACUAUUCUGCCUAGCCUACAGCAUACCCCCCCCCCCACGCCCCUCAUGCCUCUCUCUCCAUCCUCUGGUUCCCACUUGCUGCUGUUCUGGCGUUUAAAAAGGUAAUCUCUCUCUCUCUCUCUCUGUCUGUCUCUCUGUCUGUCUGUCUGUCUGUCUGU